AUGCUGCGUGCUACUUCCGUUGUUUCACGACUAGCCUCUCGGAGCUUUUCCCUUUCAGCCUCAAGAUCAGCUGAACAACCUACGAAGAAAGAGGUGAGAUUUUUAUUCUCUUUUCCUUCCCAAUUGAAAGUGCUUCAAUUUGAUCCAGCAAUAAAUGGUUUCAGCUUAAACAGAGUCGAAAUAAUUGGCGGCGUUGCUAAUGAUCCCGUAUUCAAAACAGCUAAAAAUGAUCGGCCGUACGCUAUAGUUAAUGUUAUUACGAAUUCGAGGCAGCGCUUAGCCAAUGGGGAAUACAGAGAUCAGACUGAGCGUCAUACGAUCACUGCAUUUGGAAGGACUGCUGAGUUCGUUGCUAACAAUAUCAAAAGAGGUACGCGUGUUCUGGUUAAUGCUCGAUUGCAUUACACUGGUGGGCAGUUGGAUGACCAGGGUGUUCGCAGUCCUCGCCAAACUCACCUUCAUGCUGAGACUAUUCAGCCUCUGGCCCGCGGCGGCGGUGGUGGUGGCGGUGGCAGCGAUGGCGCAAGUGAAAGCUCUUAA